CGGGGCCGGGGCGGCGGGCAGGUGGGAUGCGGCUGGGGUGCGCGCCGCCCCCGCUCUGGGGGCCUUGGAAGCGCCGGCGCUGGCAGGUGCGGAGUUGGGGCGCGCAGUGAGUCCCGGCCCGGACCGCCGCCCCGCGCCGGUGCACAGGGGGCACUCAGGGCUCAGCCUCCAGGCGCGCGGCCUCAGGCGCUGGUGUUCUGGGGCGGUCCCUGCCAGCCUGAGGGGCGGCGGUAGCUGUCUCUGUGGAGGAGCGACGUCUGUAACGAAGUCUUUUUAAUAAAAUCUGCUGCUUUAAAGCAGAAACUGAUCGGGUGAGGACGUAAAGUGUGGCAUGGAAAGUAGGAGUCUUCAGCACAUGGGUGUUUUCUUCUGUUGAAUCUUUUCAUGCUGGAGUUUGAGACUACCGAGUUUUUCCUGCUAACAACAGGACUGGCCAAUUUACAAAGUUGUUGCUUUUCAUGGGCGCACGUAACUGCCCGGAGUGGAAGCGCUGUGAGUGCCGAUCACCGAAUGGGCCGAGAGAAAAGGUGGCUUUUCCUAGGGAGCUCUUAACGUUGGUCCUAGGGCCGGGCGCGGUGGUGGAGGUCGAAGUGGGCGGAUCGCUUGAGCCCGCGAGUUCGAGACCAGCCGGGGCAACAGCGAGACUCCCUUCUCUGCUAAAAAUAAAAAAGUUAGCCAGGCGGAGUGGUGCGCUCCUGUUGUCCCAGCUACUCUGGAGGCUGAGGUGGGAGGAUCGCUUGAGCCCAGGAGGUCGAGGCUGCAGUGAGUCAUGAUCGCGCCACUGCCCUCCAGCCUGGGCGACAGAGCGAGGCACUGUCUCAAAAAAGAAAGAAAAAGAAAAUGAGUCCUUAAGUUACCAUUAAUUGUCGUGAAUAAAAAGUUGGUCUCAGUGAGUUUUGCAGUUGACUACGAGAGAUGGGUGUUCGUGUGUGACAGCGACUCCUGGUUUCUCCGCCACUUUACCUGCCGCUCCACAGCAAGUUUUCUUCUGUUGGUGCCACUUUCUCUGCUUUACCUUCAAGAAAUAAAUCAGAAUGAGUUAUACAGAAAAGCCCGAUGAAAUCACGAAAGAUGAGUGGAUGGAAAAGCUCAAUAACUUGCAUGUCCAGAGAGCAGACAUGAACCGCCUCAUCAUGAACUACCUGGUCACAGAGGGCUUUAAGGAAGCAGCGGAGAAGUUUCGAAUGGAAUCUGGGAUCGAACCUAGUGUGGAUCUGGAAACACUUGAUGAACGAAUCAAGAUCCGGGAGAUGAUACUGAAAGGUCAGAUUCAGGAGGCCAUCGCCUUGAUCAACAGCCUCCACCCAGAGCUCUUGGACACAAACCGGUAUCUUUACUUCCAUUUGCAGCAACAGCAUUUGAUCGAGCUGAUCCGCCAGCGGGAGACUGAGGCGGCGCUGGAGUUUGCACAGACUCAGCUGGCGGAGCAGGGCGAGGAGAGCCGAGAGUGCCUCACAGAGAUGGAGCGUACCCUGGCGCUGCUGGCCUUUGACAGUCCCGAGGAGUCGCCCUUCGGAGACCUCCUCCACACCAUGCAGAGGCAGAAGGUGUGGAGUGAAGUUAACCAAGCUGUCCUAGAUUAUGAAAAUCGCGAGUCAACACCCAAACUGGCAAAAUUACUGAAACUACUACUUUGGGCUCAGAACGAGCUGGACCAGAAGAAAGUAAAAUAUCCCAAAAUGACAGACCUCAGCAAGGGUGUGAUUGAGGAGCCCAAGUAGCGCCUGCGCUUGUGUGGUGGACCCAACACCACCCCUGUGUCGUGGGACUUGCCUCAGAUCAGCCUGCGACUGCAAGAUUCUUACUGCAGUAGAGAACUCUUUUUCUCCCUUUUACUUUUUUUUUGACCUGGCAUCUUUUUUAUAGGGAAAAAUGGCCUUUGUAGGCAGUGGAAAACUUGCAAGGAAAGCUGCCGUCUCUUUGGCAGUCUGAUGCAGAGCCUGCACUCUGGCACUCACUGAAGAAUCUGGAAGGCUGCGGUUUGCUCUUCCAGCGUUCCGGGGGCCUCUGGGUGCUGAAGGAUUUGGUCUACCACGGAGGGCUGUGCUGUUAGGCUGCAUCCCACUCAAAAUACAGGAAAAGCACGAAUCAUGAUUCUGCUUUCUGUUAGCUUAGGCAGACAUUGGGCCUUCACCUACAAGUUUUUCCUUACCCCUGUGGUUUUUGUGUUUUUUUUUUUUUCUUUUUCCAUAGGAAGGAAUAUAUAAAUUUGUAAAUCCUAAUUCAAAGACGGCUUGUGUGUGAGGGCAUCGAGUUUGAUUUGUUUUCCCUUUGGUCUGGGUUGUGUGGCUUUUGGGGGAUGCGUGUGAGGGGCUAUGUGUUUUUUAAUUUUUUAAAUAUAUAUUUUGGUGCUGUGUGUGGUGAGAGACUUGUUCAUAGUGGAUCAAUGAACCAUCUCUUCUGGGCAGUUUUGUUGAAAAUAAAGGUUUCUCUUUGAUUUCAAGAAUGACCAAAAUGGCCUCUAAAAGAUGUUAAUCAUCUCAAAUGACCUUUUGUCUUUGGGGCGUUCUUCCCUCUGUGAUAGCGGCAGUGGCUUUUUCUGGUACCUGCAGCUGGAAAGGCCACUUGGCCCUGUGCUGAGUGAGUGGCCUUCAUUAGAGCGAGGCAGCCCUUGGCCAGUGGGGACGCAGAGCCCCAGCUGGUGUUGCACGACUGUUGGCAGAAGGAACGCAUGUUCAGCCUCAGUGAUCUGCCCUUCAGUAUCUCAGCAGCAUCGCAUCUUCCAUCGUCAGCCGGCUCUGCCGAUGUCCUGCUUCUGUUCACUCAGAACUGUCCCCUGCUCCGUGGUGGGCAGGAGGGAAGCAGUGCAGGGCUGUGUGCAUUGCCUGCGUGUCGGGACAGUUGAUGGGCACGUGGCCGUGUACCUCUGGGCACAGAUGUGUUUGGAUUCAUUGCAGCGGACCACCAGGCACUGUUGACCCCACUGAGCAGUGCUAAGUGUUGGUUUUGUGGAUGUUCAUGGAAUUUCUGACCCAUCCAAGGGCGUUCUUUGGAGCCAGUGGAGCCUGCUGGCGCAUCUGAGGGGCAAAAUGCUGCUAGCACUUGAAUCUGGGAUCUCGCCUUAUUCUCAAGUAGCAAGGCAUCUUGACAAGCACGAUCUAGGUCUGGUGGCCAGCUUGCCAGUACCUGAGCCGGUCAGGUCAUCUGCCUCUGAGGGACCGUCCUCACCGAGCUCCUGCAUCCCUUGAGUGUUGAUCAGGAGGCAUCCACAGCAUUGUUCUCGCCUCUGAAUGAUGCUGCUUUUUCCGUUGGAGGCUGGCGAAGUUGUGUUUUCAAGCCCUCUACUUCUCCUUCCAGUGGGUAGGAGCUUUUGGCAGUAUUUACUUUUAUCUAGGUGGCUUAUGUAAUCCAGUAAGAGAUGCAAAGAUAAAAUUGCUGCGGUUGUUACAGAAGCACGGCGGCCUCCAGACUAACCCAUUGGCUGCCCUCUGGAUUUUGUGAGGAUACGGUGCUGGGGAGGUGGUGCUUCCCUACCCCCUAGAAAUGCUGCCUUCCAACUACCGCUGUCCCAGAUUUGACCCUUGUGAUUAUUUCCUCUGAGGUUUGAGGAUGAAGAUAAGUUGGAGGGAAAGAGUAACUAAUAGGUGAUGAAAUACAGCGGAAGCUAGAAGAAAACGGUUAGGUGAGAGAGAUACAUCUGCACGUUUUCUUCAAUAGCACCAGAUGAUUCAGCAUAUUCCUAAUUACCUUUUACUAUUCGUGUAUAUAAGAUCGUUUACUUGUAUAAUGUAUAAUCAGUUUGACAUAUUCUUAAAACUAGAGAGUGUAAGAAGCACAGCAAUAGGAACUCCACAAACUAGGGGAACACAAAUGGGGUCAUCACAUGCCUGGACUGUCACUGUGUGGCUGUCACAUGAAGUGCUGGUGUUGAUUUCUAGUUCAGCCAGUGGGUAGCUGCUAAGCCGGUGCCAGCAUCCAGCAUGAGCAGAUGUCGGGGAGACUGGGAAGUCUCCACUGUUACUGCUCUCCUUCCCUUCGUGAUAAGCCAGUGCCAGCAUCCAGCGUGAGCAGACGUCGGGGAGACUGGGAAGUCUCCGAUGUUACUGCCUGCCUGCCUUUCGUGUAAGGGGCUGCACUUGCUUUUCUUCUGUUAGUGGACGAGGUCUUCCAAGGAAGUGCUUUGCACACUUUCUUUACUCCUUUUUACAGUGUUUGUCUUUGCAGCAAGCAAAUGAAAUUAAGCCACUUUGGGAUAAUGAGCAUUCAGUAUAAUUCUGCUUUUUCUCAUUUUGGAUCUCACUGUUGUGUUUAUAAAGAUGUCACAUUUUACGGAGUAGUUUAUUCUUUUUAUACUUUCUGGUGGAGAGUGCCUUGAAAUAAAAUGUGAGAGUAUUCUGGUACUCUGUGUUCCUGAUGCAUGAAGUUGGGUGAGGAAUAACCCCUAGUCUGGAAUCUUUGUGAAGCAUAGGGUUAUUGCAAAGCAAAUGGGAACUAACACAUCUUGCCAUUUGAAUCAGGGUCUCCAGUUUCUAGAAAAGGCAGACACUGGUUGGGACCAAAGUCUCCAUGGCGCAUGACAGAAGACUGGUGGUCGUGUGUGUGCGGAGUCCACAGAAGCCUCGGGGAGGUGGAGCUGCUCUUUCCAUUCCGUCAGGACAUGAUCUGAAAACAUGUAGAGAAGAUGAGUUGAGGACAGCUUUUCUAAGGCAACGUGAUGUCUUUGCUGUCUUAUUUCUAUUUCUGUGUGUUGUUAGUUUUAAAGAGUGGAGGAGCUAGGGGCUCCAGAAAGAAUCUUACACAUGUGUUGAAGACAAUGAUGUUUUAGGGAGCGUGGAGCUGCAUUCCCUUCUGGGCUAUUACUGCUAAAUCUCAGUGUGAACAGACCAGGCGGAAAGCAUGGUGGCCAAGCAGUCUGUGUGCUUCCCCGCUGAUGGAGACCGUUGGGUUGUUCACAAUAGGGCCUCACGGGUGUGGACGCACGGCAGACCCAUGGCUGGCGCAGCUGCCUGUUGCCGUCUGUCUUCAGUAACUGCUGCUCUGUUGACUGUUCUAUUAUACUACGCGUGUUGUUUUUUACAACAGGUAUGUUUUUGUUUCAGAAAUAUAUAUUGCUUUUCUCAUAUUUUUUGCAAAUUGUAUUGUCAACAUUGGUCAUUUAAAGUCCUGUAUGAACCAUAACCUGCUGUGGUACCUUUGUACGUGUUUGAUUCUGUAUUCUUUAUUCCAGCGUGGCAUAUGUGCCCCCCAGUAUCUUUUGAGAAGUGCGGAAUAGGUUGCUUCUACCACCUGUUCUUAAUGUAACAGUAAAAGUUUUCACAUUUUUCUCAGAA